UACUGGGUGUGAUUGUGUGUCAGCAGGCUCAGGCAGCAUCGUCAAGCAUCACUGCAGCCAUCCUUGUUCCUCCUGCAGAUGCAGCGUGCGCGAGCUGUGUAUGGCGUGCCCGCCGCCCUCUUCUUUAGAGGACUCAGUCCAGCUGAGGAUCUUUAAGAUUAUUGUUAUUGGGGAUUCUAACGUGGGUAAAACGUGUUUGACCUUCCGAUUUUGUGGAGGGAGCUUCCCAGGGUCCAGUGAGGCAACAAUAGGUGUAGACUUCAAAGAGAAGACAGUGGAAAUUGAUGGAGAAAGAAUCAAGGUCCAGGUGUGGGACACCGCUGGUCAAGAGAGGUUCCACACUUUGGUGGAGCAUUAUUACAGGAAUGUACAUGGCGUAGUCUUUGUCUAUGAUGUUACCAAACUCAGUUCAUUCCACAACCUUAGGACAUGGCUUCAAGAAUGUGAAGGCCAUGCUGCCUGCUUUGGUACCUCGGGUCUUAGUGGGAACAAGAGUGACUUGAAGGAGCAAGUGGAGGUCCCUCCUGGCCUUGCAUUAAGCUUUGCCCAAGCCCAUAAGAUGACUCUGUUCGAGACUUCAGCCAAAGAUCCCAUCACAGGCACAGACUGUGGAGAGCAUAUUUACUGUCCCUUUGCCCUGUAG